GUUACCUAUUGCAGGCAGUCCUGGGCACAACAGUGAUCCCAUUAUGUGAGCCUGGUGAAAUGGAGAACUGCACAACGGCACUGAUCCAGACAGAGAACAGUCCACGUGUGGCUCAAGUUGGGAUAACCAGAUGCAAGCCUGAAAUGAAGGACUACUGCUUCCACGGACAGUGCGUGUACGUGGUGGACUUGGAUGAGCACUACUGCAGGUGUGACCUAGGCUUCUCUGGUGUCCGAUGUGUGCAUUCAGAACUUGUCAGACAACCCCUCAGUAAGGAGUAUGUGGCACUGACAGUUAUCAUAGUUCUGCUUUUCCUCACUGCCAUCUCUAUUGCAAGCUACUACAUCUGCAGAAGGUACCGAAGCAAGAGGAGACAAACGAACGCCAGCGAAUACAAGGAAGUUGGUUCCCUGUAG